AAAAACAAAACAAAAAUACAUCAAAUAUAUGAACAACAAUCUUAUCCUAAAUAUUAAAAGAAAGCAUACACUAGGGAUGCAAACAAUUGUCAAUCAAUGGUUUAUUAAAAUGAGUUCAAAUCGAUUCAUUAAUAACGUCCGCUUAGUUAUUCUUUGUGUUGCAGUUUGGCCGUCAUCCAGCAGAGGGCGCCGCUGGUCAUCCUCCAAGCGGAGCCGACCGUUAAAAAAAAAACGGCAGCAAAGAUGGCGGCGGCAUGUUCCAGAAUGGAGAAAGGAGACACCAGUGUGAUGGCGGGAGUCUACGGACCUGCUGAGGUCAAAAUCAGCAAGGAAAUCUACGACCGGGCAACCCUGGAGGUUCUGGUUCAUCCCAAAGUGGGGCUGCCAGGUGUGAGGGAGCGAUCACAGGAACAAUGUGUGCGGGAAACGUGUGAGGCGUCUCUGCUUUUAUCUCUCCAUCCUCGCUCGUCGCUCACGCUCAUCCUGCAGGUGCUGCACGACGACGGCGCCCUCCUGUCCUGCUGUCUGAACGCAGCCUGCAUGGCCCUGAUGGACGCCGGCUUGUCUAUGAGUUGCCUGUUUUGUGGAGUGACCUGCGCCAUCAGCGCAGACGGUGAAAUCAUCACAGACCCGACUGCAGCUCAGGAAAAGGAAAGUCGAGCUUUGAUGUCCUUCGCCAUCGACGGCAAAGAGCGCAGAGUGAUGAUGUCAUCAACCAAAGGCUCGUUCUCGGUUCAUGAGCUGCAGCAGUGCGUAGCCGUCAGUCAAAAAGCGUCAGAGAAGAUCUUCCAGUUCUACAGGGACUCCGUCAGACGCCGAUACUCCAAGAACCUUUGAUCCAAUCUGGGUUUUUAUUUUUUAUAUAUAUAAAGAUUGUGAUGUAAUAAAAUAUUUACCAACUCUG